CCUACUACCGUUUCUGUCGGCGAUGGGCAAGACGAGUCGAGCGACUUUUCGAGGUCGGGCGACGCUGCGGAUCUUGCUGUAACCGACAUGUUAGAAAGAUGAGUGUGGCCAUGCUGUUCAUGUCUUGUUGUCGUUUAUGUAUACAAUGCUGCAUGCAGAUGAUGGCGGACAAAGUCCAUACAAAUGCGCGAGUGACGAAACGAGUGACGAAACGAGUGAUGAAACGCCGGCACCGACCGGCGACCGGUCAAGUUCGGCCAAGGGCCCUCGGGUCAAAGUCAUGCCGCCAGCGGGGUGCAGACCUCGCUUGCUGUGCUCGCUUGGUGAUAUUACCAGCCUGGCCGGAGACAAGACUUAUUCUGGUCUUCUGAUCAUCUAAUCCUCUCGUCAUGUCGUCAUCCCGUCAUAUCUCUUCACCGGCGUACCGGCCUCCACCCUCCACUUCCUCCA